GUCCGUCUGCUGGGCAACUGGGCUUCUCUUACCGCUCCCUCCUGACAUCAAAGCUCUGGACCCUGCAAGUCUCGUGGCAUCCGCCGCAUCCCCUCUGACAUGGCCCGGCUGGUCGCAUGAUGGCCCGCCGUCCCGAGCUGAACCAAACUUAAUCCGCAGCGCAACAACCUUCCUUGGCUUGACGCCGUCCCCGUCAACCGUCCCUGUCAAACCGUCCUCCCUCCUUUGAACACCACCGCCAUCCCUUCGCGGAAUCCCCUAUGCUUGCACACCUUUCAUGGAUACCAUAUAGAUAGAACCUACUCGACCAUCCACCUGUGUCACACGGCUUGACUCUUUCGUUCCCCUUUGGCGGCACCAAGAACUCGUCCAUCCAUAGUAUAUCCAUAUCUAUAAUUCGAGUCCGACAAGACAUCCUGGACCGUUCCGCCGCUCCUGUCACGCAUGACUCCGCCAUUUGCCGAAUCUUCGACUAGAGGUCGCCCCUCGGUCGAGGUCGACGGUCCAAACACCUCCUCCACGAGCAGUCAAGGCCCCACAACCCCGACCCGCAGCAGCUCCUCCCUCGACGGCCCCGGUGCCGACCCCGACGACAACCCUGGCGCUGUCAACGAGCAGUCACCCCUCCUCUCCCCCGAGCCCGGCGGCAGCGAACGCGGCAGCGAACGGGGCAGCGAACGCCAUGCUUUUCUUGCGCCCCACCCCUCGGCCCCCGAGCCCGACGACUUCCAAUCCACAAAGAGCCUGUGGUACCUGCUUGUCCUGACCAUCAGCAUAGGCGGCCUGCAGAUCGCCUGGUCCGUCGAGCUCUCCAAUGGCUCUCCAUAUCUCUUGUCGCUUGGCCUGAGCAAGUCGCUCAUGGCCCUGGUGUGGAUCGCCGGCCCCCUGUCCGGCACCCUGGUGCAGCCGUACGUGGGCAUGCUGAGCGACAACUGCAGGGUGUCGUGGGGCAAGCGGAAGCCAUUCAUGCUCGGUGGCGCUGCCGCCACCAUGGUCUCGUUGAUGAUCCUAUCCUGGACCAAAGACAUCGUGGGCGGCAUCCUGGGUCUCUUUGGGGCUGAUCCAGCAUCUGAGGGCGUCAAGGUGACCACCAUAGUAUUUGCAGUGAUCUGGGUCUAUAUCCUCGACUUUGCUAUCAACACAGUCCAAGCUGCAAUCAGGGCAUUCAUAGUCGAUUGCUGCCCGGCUCAUCAGCAGGAGGCUGCCAACUCAAUGGCUAGCAGGCUGACAGGAGUCGGGAACAUCAUCGGCUAUAUUGCCGGCUAUGUCAACCUGCCAAAAAUCACGUGGUGGCUGGGCAAUACCCAGUUCAAGGACCUCUGUGCCAUAGCCAGCAUCGCCCUGGGGUCGACGGUGCUGAUGAGCUGUCUGCUCAUCAAAGAGAGGAACCCACAACUUGACGGGCCCAGCCCUGCGAAGAGCAAGAAGACAGGCGUUUUCGCCUUCUUUAUAAGCCUCUUCGCGUCCAUGAAGAGGCUGCCGCCGCAGAUCAAGAAGGUCUGUGUCGUACAAUUCUGCGCGUGGGUCGGCUUUUUCCCCAUGCUGUUCUACACGUCGUCCUACAUUGGUGAGAUAUAUGUCCAGCCGUUUCUCGAGGAAAACCCGAACAUGACGCCCGAGGAGAUCGACGAGCUAUACGAGAAGGCAACCAGAGUCGGGACGUUCGCGCUCUUGAUUUUCUCCAUCACGAGUCUGCUCACCAACGUGUUUUUGCCGUUCUUCAUCGCACCGACAUACGACAGCCAGCCCAUUGGAGAAGCUCCAGGCGAGGGCCCGGUCACGUCUUUCCGCGAUCAUGGUGAAGAAAAGAAAUCCUGGACCGAUCGCUUGGUCAUCCCUGGGCUGACGCUCCGCCGCGCUUGGCUGCUCUCCCAGUUGCUCUUCAUGGGCAGCAUGCUCUGCGCCGUCCUCGUCCGCACAGUAACAGCAGCCACAGUGCUCGUCGGGCUGGUUGGCAUCACUUGGGCUCUCACGCUGUGGGCCCCAUGGGCAAUCAUCAGUGCAGAAAUCAGUCGGAGGGACGCGCUGCUCCGCCAGAAAAGAAGAGCUUUCUCACCACCUGGAGGCGCUGGCCCUUCCUCGAGUUCGGCACAUGGUUUCGACGGUUAUACGUCCGACCAAGAUCACAAGCUGGACGGGUCCGAGGACGAAGCCGACCAGGCGGGCGUGAUCCUCGGCAUUCACAACAUGGCCAUCGCCGCACCGCAGAUUAUUGCCACGGUCGGCUCGAGCAUCAUCUUCAAGAUAUUCCAGAAACCCCGGGGGACGCCCGGCGACCACUCGAUCUCCAUCGUGAUGGCUAUUGGCGGCGUUGCGGUGGGCGCCUCGGCGUGGUUCAUCCACCUCAUUAAGGACGAGCCGGCUGGUCUGCCUAUUGAUGACGACGUAGCUUCGAACGCUGAACAAGGUAGCGGUAGCUUGUCCCCGCCCGAGUCGCCGAGCGCGAGACGCGCGCCUUACGACAGGGUACGCAGCUCGGAGCUGCUGCCACGGGCUAGCCUAGAGAGGGCGACGUUGACGAGAAACAAGAGUUUCUCUGGCAUGGAUUAUGCUUAGUUUGCCGGUUGUGACAUUUCCGAUGUCAGGAACAAGCUGGAUGGUGCAGCGCGAGGCAUAUAAUCUGAUGUGCCGCUGCAGCGUGAAUCAUAUGGGCGUGGCGUUCGCUAAGAUUCCUCCAACCCUUACAAUGUUCGAGAGGAUACCUGUUUGCAUAGAGCUGUUGGAUGAGCUUGGUCAUUGGUUUCAACGGUACAGGAUUAGACGCAUCACAUAGUCUAUUUGAGAGACUGAGAAAGAGACGAUAACAGGCGUUUCACGAGCGCAGGACAUACAACACUUACCCAAAUCAGUGACAUGUAGAGCUGGGGGAGAAAGCACUUAGUAGUGUGCGCCGUCUUCCGGAAGACAGUGCGCGAAUGCAGUUCGAGGACCGUCC